CCUCGUCUAUGCCUUCGGAAUAAUUAUCUCUUCAAGCUAUACAGGAAGCUGAAUAUUCACAACCGUGUGUAAGGCAACAAGCCCCGAUUAAAGCCCGAGGAAAGGUAUCAGCACCUUCAGAUAUGGCACGUUUGGCUCUAGAGCGAACAAAAGAAGACCAAGAAGAUGAAAAAGGGGGAGUCAUGGGGUUGAGCGACAUGGCCUCCUCUUUGGUAGAAAAAGAACAUGUUGGGGACAGAGAUUAUGUCAUUCCAGCGCAACCUCGUAAACGCAUUGGUGAUCAUGGGGAAACUAUUCAUACCGUGGCUCAUGCCCAAACUCAAGGCAAUCAUGCAGAAGUGUUGAGUUUAAUGUCAAUUGGUAAAUCUACAGACAGCAUUAGAGGCAACUCUAUUCAAGUCAAGGGAACAGAAGGGCAACAGAGGCAGCCAUCGCCAUCCAUGUCAUCUCAUUCUGACCGUGCGCAAGUCCCACUUUUGCCAAAAAUUUGUCUUCCAGCAUCAUUACCGCCGUCGGCCAGUGAGCAAACAAAAGGCUAUCGUGAUAAGUAUAGUGUCUUUAGUUCGUGUUGUGGCCCGGGCCAUGGUAAUGAACACAAACCAAAGCGACAUUCAAUAAAUGCAACAAGAACAAGGGCAAGGAAAAGAACAACAAAACAACAUAGUUGCCAUGACGUUAAUAUUUGCAAAUACUGAAUGCUCUGACGACUUUAAUGGCGGACAUUUUAUGAGACGCUAAAAAGAAAAUAGCGAUGGUUAGAGAUAAGACAUUACCAUUCAUUAUUCAACAGCGGCGAGAUUCAUUUCCUCCUUUAAUUUCAUUAUCUUUGAC